AUGGCUGUAGCAACAUUGAUUAGCAAGCGCUUGAAAGACGUCCCAGGCAGGCUGAAAGUUGGAGAACACUUUUUCGAAGUUCCUGUAGACUACCGCCAUCCAGGAGAGGCAUCUAUCCGACUUUUUGCCCGGAGUGUACAGCGUCGUUCAUCAUCUGCAGAGACUGAGCCCGAGGAGAGACAAUUGCCAUGGCUUGUCUAUCUCCAAGGCAAGGCGCCGGAAUGGGAUGCUCCCAACCCCAAGACGGGAACAGGUCUAAGUUCACCAAUUACAGCGGCUACUCUCGCGCUUCAGGGGAAUGCUACAAAGCAGGCAGAAUAUCUCCGGAAGUUUCGAGCAGACAGUAUUGUUCAAGACUGUGAAGCUGUGCGCAUGUGUCUGACUGCAAAUUACCCAGUGGAUAAAAAGCCGUGGAGUGUCCUGGGACAAAGCUUCGGGGGUUUCUGUGCUGUCACCUAUCUUUCUAAAUUUCCUCAGGGUUUAAGAGAGGUAUUCACAACCGGGGGACUUCCACCACUGGUGACAAACCCAGAGCCGGUUCUCCAAAAGACAUUUGGAAAACUGCAAGAGCGGAAUAGAGCGUAUUACCAGAAAUUCCCCGAGGACGAGGAGAGAGUAAGAAAUAUCCUAUGUCAUCUCGAGAAGAACGAUGUUAGCGUUCCGGAUGGCGGAGCUCUCACUCCUGAACGAUUCCUUUCACUUGGAAUCUCCCUUGGCAUGCGUGGAGGCCUUGAUUAUAUUCAUGACAUCGUUCUCAGGUGUUCUAAUGACCUCGAGGUGUACGGCUUCCUCACACGGCCAACCAUUUCCUCUGUGGAGAGUGCAAGUACUUUCGACAAUAACAUUCUCUAUGCCGUCAUCCAUGAAGCUAUUUAUUGCCAAAGGUUAGCUCGUAUCAUUCCUCAACUGACAACAUUUGCUGACGCCUUUGUAGGGCCGCGUCAAACUGUUUUCGAAGUCACAAAAGUCCAGAAGGGAUAUUUUUCACAGGAGAAAUGGUUUUCAAGCAUCUUUUUGAAUCAUCCACCGAAUUGA